AUGAAUAUCUUUAAAUUAUUUCAAACAUCAAAUAGCAAUGCUAUCAAAAGAAAUUAUUCCAUAUUAGGUAAUUUAAAACCAUCCAGUGGAUCUACCAGCACUUACAAGAGAGUUGGUCGUGGUCCUUCAAGUGGUAAAGGUAAAACUUCAGGUAGAGGUCAAAAGGGUCAAAAAGCUCGUGGGAAAGUGAAACCUUGGUUUGAAGGUGGUCAAACACCAAUAUACAAGUUAUUUCCAAAAGUUGGGUUUAAAAAUAAUAAUAAAAAGGAAUUGAAAACAGUAAACUUAAGUAAGAUAAAAGAAUUUUAUAAAGCUGGUAGAUUAGGAGAUUUACAAAAUGCAGCAGCUGAAGGAAAAGAUAACGUCCUAGAUAUUGCCAAGAUGAAGAAAUAUAGACUAGUAACCGGCCCCAUUAAGGAUGGUGUUAAAAUUCUAGCCAGGGGUGGAACAAGCUUUAAUAUUCCACUUAAGAUUGAAGCUUCUAAAGCUACUGCUAGUGCUAUAAGCUCUAUAGAGGCUGCAGGUGGUGAAUUUACAUCUAGAUAUUUCAGUAAACUGGGAUUGAAAGCACAUGUCACACCAAACAAAUUUUUAGAAAAAUAUGAUAGAGUACCACUCCAAGCCAGACCAACAAGAAGAAAAGAUAUCGAAUAUUAUAGUGACCCUGAAAGAAGAGGCUAUCUAAUUAAAGAAGACCACCCUCUUUUGAAACAAAUUCAAGAGGCUCAAUUGAAUGCAAAUGCAUCUAGAAAUAAUCUAAGGAGAGAGAAAAAGAAAGGUGCUUUGGAUAUCCAAUUAAGCAACCUUUUAGAGGAUAAGGAUGGCAAUCUCUCUAAACAUAACAAAGUUAUUCGUGAAAUAGGUAAAAAUUCUGAAGAGUUGUACAUGAAGAGAUAA